GGUCUGACUGUUAAUCAGUUAUUACUCACCUUGCAUAAGAAGACUUCUUCACUUGUUACUGGAAACAGGAGUGUUUCAAUCAUACGUUAUGCAUGGGGAGACAGCAGCAGAUCAGCCUCAAGAUCAUCAUUUCCCAUGCACCCAUUCCAUCUGAAAGAAUCCCCAGGACUGAUUCUCUGAAGUGAGGUGGGGACGCAUGCCCUCUGAACCCUACAUAUAGCAGGAUAUUACAGCACAAAGCAGCUUGCAAAGAGGACGUCUUAUGCCAACCGCCACCAUGAACCAGACGGAAGAGACAUACAGUGGGGACAGCUAUUGGUACCAUGAGGACAUCCUCAACGUUACCGUGUCUAACUCCACCAGUGCCUUCCAGUCCCCGUUCUCCCCCCUCGUGGAUAAGGCCAUAAGCUGCAUCACCAUCAUCAUCCUGUUCAUCACCAUGGUCUCUUUGGGCUGCACCAUGGAGAUCUCCAAGAUUAAAGCCCACAUCCUGAAGCCCAAGGGGGUGGCCAUCGCUGUGGUGGCCCAGUACGGCAUCAUGCCGCUCACAGCCUUUGCGCUGGCCAAAGCCUUCCAGCUCGGCUCGAUUGAGUCCGUUACCGUGCUCAUCUGUGGCUGCUGCCCGGGAGGGAACCUGUCCAACAUCUUUGCCCUGGCACUCAAGGGGGACAUGAACCUCAGUAUCGUCAUGACGACCUGCUCCACGGUGUUGGCUCUGGGCAUGAUGCCAUUGCUGCUCUACCUGUACUGUCAGGGCCUGUCCAACGUGGAGAACGCAGUUCCCUACGGCGGCAUCACCAUCGCCCUCGCCAUGACGCUGGUGCCCUGCGCCAUCGGGAUCUUCCUCAAUGCCAGGGCACCGCAAUACUCCAAGAUCAUCAUCCGGGCUGGAAUGAGCAUUCUGCUGCUGGCCUCAGUGGCGAUAGCCGUCCUCUCAGGCAUGGUGAUUGGAAGCACGAUCUGGAGUGUCCUGUCUCCCACUCUGAUCGGCACAGCCGCCUUCAUGCCGCUCACCGGGUACCUGCUCGGUUACAUUCUCUCCAGCCUCUUCCGUCUCAAUGAGAAGUGCAAACGGACGGUCUCCAUGGAGACAGGCUGCCAAAAUAUCCAGCUGUGCUCUACUAUUCUGAAAGUGGCUUUCCCAGCUGAGGUCAUCGGACCCCUGUACCUGUUCCCUCUCAUCUACAUCCUGUUCCAGGCCGGAGAGGCCCUGCUCUUCAUCGUUCUCUUCAGAUGUUAUGAAAGGAUGAGGCCACAAGCAGACGAUUCUGGUAUGAUUGUGUACGUAGCUGUGGACAGUAAAGUGGAUGAAGUGAAGCUGCCGUAGACCUGCGCUACACUGAUAGUCUGACAUGUGCACGCCUCUGCCAUUUUGAACUGGAAACCCUGCUAUUAAUCAUAAGAACCAUGAGGGGAGGAUGUGUACUUCAAUCAGACAAGUCUUCAUCCUCUUCCAGUAUCAGGAGUGAGUCUGUUGAACAAAACUUGACAUAAUGGUGUUCAAUUCACCAAGCUUGGGGUAUGUUCAUUUCAAUGCAGCCAAAGGGGUAUAACAUAUCACUUAAAGAAACCUUUUAAAAACGGGAUUGAUUUGUCAUUAGCUGUUUUUUUGUUGAGCAAGAGAGAUGGUGUAUGUCUCAGGUGAUCCUGCAAUUGAAUUGACACAGACCUGGUGCCAGUAUGAACUGCGGAAGUAUUGCCUGAGUGGAAGGUAGACAGGGGAGAGGUGAAAAAUGAAGGCAUUAUUUACUGCACUAAAGAAUGGAACUUACAGUGGCAGUAUCACAACCAUUUUUGAGAUAAAGGAUAAGGGCUAGAGAUGGCAAAAAUGUACAUUCACACAUGAGUAAUAUCUGGUGUUUAUAAUGUUCACAUACCUUUGAGAUGCAGAUUGUACUUUUAACUUACUGUAUUGCCAACUAUAGCAUUAAGAAGUUGUUUAUUCUUGUUAUAUUAUCAUUACUUUAAAUAAAGGACAAUACUAAAAUCACAACUGUAAUUGAAAUGAAAGGAGUUGAAAUUAAACAUAUCCUAAAUACA